AUGGCUGUCCAAAACAUCCGGAGUCUGAUCUCUGUCGUCCUCGACGUCUCCUCCGGCAACUACACCCGUUGGCGCGACCAAUUCCUCCUCACUAUUGGGAAGUUCUCCCUUCAGGAGCACGUCCUCCUCGACGAGCCGGUUGACGCUUAUCCAGACUGGGCGCGCAUGGAUUGCGUCCUCAAGUCCUGCAUCCUCGACACGAUCUUUGAUGACCUCGUCAACACCAUCUCCUCGUGCGGCUCCUCCGCUCGCGCUGCCUGGGUCGCCGUCAAAUCUCAAUUCCUCGGCAAUCGCAAAACCCGGGCACUCUACCUUGAUGCCCAGUUCCGCGACUUCAACCAGGGUGACCUCACCAUCACCGACUACUACAGGCGACUCAAGCGUAUGACAGAUGAUCUCGGCGACCUCGGUGAGAUGGUCACCGACCGCACGCUCAUCGUCAACCUCAUCCGAGGCCUCAACAAGUGCUAUGCCAACAUCGGUCUGCAUCUUUGUCGCAGCCAUCCGUUCCCCUUGUACCUCGAGGCCAAGAAUGCGCUGCUCCUGGAGGAACUCACCCUGAAGCACCAGACCUCCACAUCCACUGCCCUCGUCACCUCCCACACUUACGCCCAUCAUCAAUCAAUACACAAUUCCUGGCCAUAUCUUCUUUCACUUUCAAAAUCAGAGGGCAAACAACAAAAACCACCUACCCAAAUCGCGUCGGAGAAGAGGGCCGGCGGCGGUGCCAAGUGGGAGAAGAGGGCCGACGGCGGUCGGCACUGA